AUGGUGCUGGCAAUUAUCAGUUUUCAAUUGGCAGGACUAGCUCUGCUCCAAGCGCUGGCAACAUGUGUUGGCUUACUAGAUUGCUCGAGCAGUAAAGUGCAUAAAGCGGCCCAAAAUCUGAUCGAUUCCGUUGAUAGGAACACGGACAAGCUGCUCAGCAUGAAGGAGCUGCAGAAAUUUAUGGAAAAACUGGAGUGGCUGCAGUUGGAGCCCCAAGUCGAUCACUUUUGGAAACUAUAUGCGAGAAGCGAAGGCGCUUCCCAUCUUAGUUGGAUGAAGUAUCGUAAUCGCGCCCACGAUAUACUCUUGCAGGGUGACCAUUUCUUUAGCUUUUCGAUCUUGCCACAGUUCUACCAUCCGCAAGAGCGACUGCGACGCGAACUUCGGCGUUGGCGAGCAGCCGAUUGUGAUGAGGACGGAAGAUUGAGUCGCGAAGAGUUUAGCGCCUUUAUCCAACCCGACGGCUACGUGCAUAUGCAGGAGCUGGUCUCCAUGGAGUUGAUGGAGCAGCUGGACUACAAUAACGACGGUGUACUAGUGUACGAGGAGUUUGCGCGUCAACGUCCCGUUGUGGUUCGUAACGCUGACGAGCUCCCUUUUCAGGACUCUCAUCGCCAGCAACAGAUUCACGAUGAGUUUCAAGAGAAACACCGAAAGCGCGGCAUGAACAUAAAGGAACUGUACCUAUGGCUGAAGCAACACCAUUUCGAUAACUACGCCCAUGCAGCUCAGCAACUAAUCGAUACUUUCGACCACAAUGCUGAUCAAAAGCUCAGUGAACAGGAGAUGGUUUCGAAUUGUGGACGCUUCCAUCAAUCUAUGCGCCAGAAACUAGGCGAAGAUAUGCUUCAAUUGGCAUUAGAAUAUCUCGACCAUUAA